CUUUCCGAGUCCUCGGCAUCGCCCGACCGACGCUUUUACGACGGAAACGCUGCACCUGUCAAUAGAAACUCUCGUCACUCGCGUACACCAGCUGCCCAGUGCCUUGGUAAAGCUCCAUGUACCAAACCAUCGCUGGCUCUUGAGGACCUCGCGCUCGCCGGCUCCCUAGCCGCAUCCUUAGGUACACGUCUCUGAUGCUGUGUCCCAUAUCCCAGCGGGCGUGAAUCGGAGUGUCAAGGGAAACGCUGAGCACACGUGCUUGCCGCCUGGCACGCUCGCUGGCAGUGCCGUCUGCUGCAACUAGGAUGAGUCCACGCAGUACCUCAGUGGGGUCUCUGGCGGCUGCUUUAUUGCUAUGGACUGGCAUCGCGACUGGGGCAAAUUUGCCCACUUUCAGCUCGCUGGAGGACGCGACGCUUGUGCACAGGACCUGCCAGACGAUACAGAAAGGAACCCAAGCGGUGCAGGGAUGCGUGCUGCGAGGAAACGGGAAAUGGCAAGUUGCGCUUGGCGCGACUGAAGGAUCGGAUUGUGCAGCGACUGGAACCUUUAUCGACUCGUCUCAGACAACAAGCAAUUUCGGUAAGCUGCGUGUGGUGACGGGGGCGGGCGGUGGCUACACUGACCUGGAACAGGCCUACGCGGCGGGCUUCCUGGAGGGCUACUUAACGGCGGCCCGCAUCUUCGACCAUUUCUCCAACCUGAAGACCUACUUCAACACCAUGCUUAACGAGACUGAGAUGGUGGAGAAGUCGCUCGACUGGUUGGAGGUGCAGGAGGCGUGGGUCAACGAACAGCUCAAGUCCGCGCCCGCAGACGACCCGUACUGGCGGCUGUUGGGCCUAGUGCAGCGGCAGUUCGACGGCCUGGUAGACGGAUACCAGGCCCGGGCGCAGCAGGAGGAGGCGGGGCAGAAGCAGCAGCACCAGCAGGGGCAGCGGCAGGCGGGCCGCAAGGCGGGGCGCCGCAUGGCGCCAGGCGGUGGCACGGGCAGCGGCAAUGAGGACGUGGCUGUGGGCUGGCUGGAGCGGCGUGACAUGAUGUUUCUCAACAGCAACGGUGAUGUGUACGAUAUCAUUGACGCUCUGGAAGCUGGGUACGGGUACGGCGAUGACGACGGGAGCGCUGGGAACGCCGCCAGGCCGGGAGGUGCCCGCCGCGGCCGCCGCUACCCCUCUUUUGCGGACAUUGACGAGAGCCCCAUGCGCAUGUCGCUCAAGCUUGGGCUGCAAGGCAAGUGCUCGGCUCUGAUCAAGGUGACUGGCGACCUGACGGACCUGCUGGUGGGGCACUCCACGCACGACUCCUUCACAGCCAUGACGCGCAUCUACAAGCACUACGACUUCUCAUCGCUGGCCGACGACGCCAUCACGGCACGGCGCGUGUCAUUCAGCAGCUACCCAGGCGAGCUGUUUAGCGAUGAUGACUUUUACCUGCUUUCCACUGGGCUCAUGGUGCUGGAGACCACCAACCACAUCUACGUGGGCGACGUAUACGCGCCGCUGCAGCCGCAUUGCGUGCUGUCCUGGCAGCGCAUCCGCCUGGCCAACUGGAUGGCGGCCACGGGCGAGGAGUGGGUGGACGUGUUCGGCCGCUUCAACAGCGGCACCUACAACAACCAGUACAUGGUCAUAAACUUCAACCGCUUCGUGCCGGGGAAGGAGCUGCAGCCCGGCCUGCUGUGGGUGGUGGAGCAACUGCCAGACAUAUUCCUGACGGCCGACAUGACUCAGGAGUUGGCUCGCGGCUACUGGCCCUCCUACAACGUGGCCUACUUCCCAGAGGUCUACGAGGCGGCCGGAUACCCGGACAUGAUCGCGCGGCUGGAGGCCAAGGGCGCCAAGAAGUACGCCUUCCCCAUCCGCCUGCUCAAGUACCAGAUCGCGCCGCGCGCCUCCAUCUUCCGGCGCGACCAGGGCGCGGUGGCCAACAUGGACAGCCUGAAGCGCAUGAUGCGCUACAACGACUUCCAGAAGGACCCGAUUGCGGAUGGGAACCCUGUGGGCGCUGUGUGUGCGCGUGGCGACCUGGCGACUGGCAAGGACGGCAUCGCCAAGGGCUGCUACGACUCCAAGGUCACUACCGCAUCCAUGGCACUGCGCAUGGAGAGCGAGGUGAUUGGCGGCCCCACCGCGCAGGGCCAGCCACCUUUCAGUUGGUCUGACCCUCGCUGGGUUAAUCUGCCCCACCGCGGCAUGCCCGACACGUUCGACUUCGCCUUUGAGAGGAUGAGCCCCAAGGACCUGCCCACGACGCCUGAGUGCACUGAGGCGGCGAAAGUAGUGGCGGCCGGCGCAGCGAGUAUCGGCGUAGGCCAGAAGGCACACCUGCAGCAGCUGCACGCUGCUGAUGUGGGGUCCACGUCGUCCGUGUAAGGCGCAGGCUCGACUGGGUAC